GGCCGUGGCUCUCUGUGACGUGUAUUAGGUGAGUCGGCGCCGGUUACUAGGAGACAAGACGGAAGUGUUAGGCUGAGAGAAGUCUAACAGAGAGAUGGAGUCCCAGAGAGAGGAGGAAGAGCCCGGAUACCGGGAGAUAUUACUGACACAGGCGGCGGGGCUGCUCAGGGAGCUCGGAUACUCUGGGCCUUUGUCUGAGGAAGGUGCUCUGCUGGAUUCCUGUGAGUUAGGAGCUGCAUGUCAGCGGUUCACCGCACUGUGUGUGUGGCUGGUGUCUGAGCUGAAAUCCGUGUCUUAUCUGGUGGAAAAUGUCAGCCCUACUGAAGGCCCGGCCGAUGCAGAGACAUUUCAGCUGGAAAUGAGCGGUGUGAUGAACGAGCUCCACUGUCCAUACUCUUCUCUGAUCACUGGAAAUGUUACCUCCAGACUUCACAGCCCUUCAAAUUGCCUGCAACUUCUUGUUUUCUUAAGCACAGAGCUUGAAGCAGCAAGAAUCCUAGGUCUCCACAGCAUUCCCAGUUCUGAGCCUACAGAUCAACAACAAGACAUCCUAUACGAGUUAGAGCUGAUCAGAAAAGCUUUAGAGUUACCUGAGAUUUCUUCAGAGGUUCCAGUUACUCCUUUAAUUAAGCAGUUGGAGGACAAGAUAACUGCUCUGUGUACAGUUGUACCCAUGUCUCCUCCUUUGUUGAAAACAGAGUUACGACCAGAGCAGUGGGCAAUUCUGCAAGAAUUACACUGGGCUAUGCUCAAAGAGUAUGAGUGUAGAAUGAGGAUGCUGAUCACAAGAUUUGAUGUCACUGUGCAAUCGUUUCACUGGUCUGAAAGAGCAAAGGUACAAGGACCCUCUAUGAAUGAUGUCUUCUGGCCUAUCAGAAAGGCUCUUGUCACAGAAUCUCCUAUCACGAUGGCCCACCUACUGGCAGCACGUGAAGAUUAUUCUCGCAUUGUCCAUACUUGCAAUGCUGCUUUCUGCCAAAAGACCCGCAGUUCCAUCCAGAAGGUGCUUAUGACAGGCGAUGUGCCUGAUCGAGGAGGAAGACCCAAUGAAAUUGAGCCUCCUAUGCCAUCUUGGGGAGACAGAAAGGAGGGAGGUGGUGGGCGUCAGAAGUGGGGCAAGAAAAACAAGCGAAGAAAGAACUGAGUGGCAGAUAAACUUACAUCUGGCUUCUUAUUGGUGGCCUGUUGUCUGCCAACAUUCUAUUCGGGGAAAAAAAUUGUUUGCACUUUUUAAUAACAGAGCCAGGUAGUGGCUUUUUUCAUGGUUUCUACCUGCUAAGCAGGUAAUAUCUAUGAAAGCAGUUCCAGAUGUGGAAUCUAUUACAGUUAUCAAAACAGAGGAUUUUUUUGGGUUCAACUAGCAACUAGAUUUAACAUAAUAAAUAAAAUAUAAAUAUAUAUUGGAGAGAGAAAGAGAGAGCGCGCCAGAGACCCCCCUUUCUUAAUGCCUAUAGAGCCCUAACUAACAAGUGUUCCUUUGGCGUCGCCCCAUGGUAUAAUGAACACUGGUGGUAAUGUCUGUUGGUGGUGUUUCUACAAACCUCAUUCUUUUUAGUUCUUCCCCAGAGCAGGCCAGUUGACUUAACAGCACAAAUUCACAGACCAACAGCAGGAAAUAAGCACUGGGGCUUGAAUUUAAUUGAAUCCGGUGAGUGAAAAAUCUGGUGCAGCUGUGCAUGGAAACCAAUCGGCUUCCAGUUUGUUUAUUUUUAAAGCUUGGUUGAACAAGCUAAAAUCACACCCCAUUCACACUGGUCCUGGCUUUGAAAUCGUGCAAUUUCACUUAAACUCACAAUUUCAAAGCUGCAUGUCAGUGCGACUUCAUGCACACAUGCCGAUACAUGUCGCACCUGAAAUUGGCAAAGAUUGUGUGGGAACUUUAUUUUUUUUAAAUGGUGCAGCACUGCAAAGUCGGUGACGCGCUGAUUUAAGCAUUUCCAUUGCUGACAAUGGGGUGCGACUUGUCAUGCAUUUUGGACCUGUUAAGUCACAGGUGUGAACGGGGGCUUA